CCGGGAACAGGCAGAGGAACCGAGCGAGUGAACGCGGCGGCGGCGCGGGCCGGGGAGCCGCGCAGAAGCGGAGAUGCCCGAAUUCUUGGAGGACCCGUCGAUCCUGACGAAGGACAAGUUGAAGAGUGAGUUGGUCGCCAACAACGUGACGCUGCCGGCCGGGGAGCAGCGCAAAGACGUGUACGUGCAGCUCUACCUGCAGCACCUCACGACGCGCAACCGGCCGCCGUCGCUGCCCGCUGGCGGCGCCAACAACAAGGGGCCGCCCGACUUCUCCAGCGAUGAGGAGCGCGAGCCCACCCCGGUCCUCGGCGCCGGGGCCGCCGCGGGCCGCGGCCGCGCCACCGUCGGCAGGAAAGCUACAAAGAAGACUGAUAAAUCCAGACUAGAAGAUAAAGAUGAUGUUGAUGUAACUGAGCUCUCUAAUGAAGAUCUUCUGGAUCAGCUUGUGAAAUAUGGCGUAAAUCCUGGUCCUAUUGUGGGAACAACCAGAAAGCUAUAUGAGAAAAAGCUGUUGAAACUGAGGGAACAAGGACCAGAAUCAAGAUCUUCCACUCCUCUUCCAACAAUCUCUUCUUCAGCAGAAAGCGCAAGGCAGAAUGGAAGUAAUGAUUCUGACAGAUAUAGUGACAAUGAAGAAGGAAAGAAGAAAGAACACAAGAAAGUGAAGUCCACUAGGGGUUUUGUUCCUUUUUCUGAACGUCCAACUACUCCCUCUGGUGGAUUUUUUCAGGGUAUAUCUUUUCCUGAAAUCUCCACCCGUCCUCCUUUGGGCAGGACUGAACCACAGGCAGCUGAGAAAGUACAUACACCUAGAGAGUCUCUUCUUGCCACAACCUUGCCUGACAAGGGACAGAUGCAGAAAUUAGCCUCUAGAGUGUCUAGCCAUGAUAGAUGCUUAGAAAAAAAUUCUCCGUUAUUUUCUCAGUCUGACCUUGCUGCCAUGUUGGUUUCAGCUACAGCUUCACCUUCAGUGAUUCGAGAAACCACUACUACUUACUCUAAAGACGUAGUAGAAAAUAUUUGCCAUGGAGGGAAAGGUAGAAUUCAGCCAUGUACUGAGAAGUCUAAUAUUUCAGGUCAUUCCGUUCUCUCCAGUGAAAGAGAAACUCUACAAGAGUCAAAGAGGUCACAGGUAAUUUCUCCACCACUUGCUCAGGCAAUCAGAGAUUAUGUCAAUUCUCUGCUAGCCCAGAGUGGGAUAGGUAGUUUGCCUGGAACCUCUAACUCUACACCCACAGUGGAUAUAGAAAGCAUAUGCAAGAGAAUUGGCCAGUCUGAUUUUCAAGAAACAGAAACUCUGUCUCCGCCAUGCAAGUUCGCCAGACUAAGUGAGAAGUCAGUAGAAAAGGGGGAUUUAGGUUCCUCUAUGGAAUCUCAGAACAUACCUGAAUCAGAACAGAUGUCUUCUUUGGCUAAAACUGUUGUAUCUCAUUCACUUUCCACCUUAGGCAUAGAUGUGUCUAGGCAAUUACAGAGUGAUAAAAUAGAACUAUCCUCGGAACUAUCCUUUCCCUUCCAUGAAUCUAUUUUAAAAGUAAUUGAAGAGGAGUGGCAGCAAAUUGACAAGCAGCUGCCUUCAUUGGCAUGCAAGUAUCCGGUUUCUUCCAGAGAGGCGACACAGAUACUAUCAGUUCCAAAAGUAGAUGAUGAAAUCCUAGGGUUUAUUUCUGAAGCCACCCUACGAGCAGGUAAUCAGUCAGCCUCCACUGAGUCUGGUACUAAACCCUUGGACCUAGCACUCUGUAAAACUUACGAAGCUGCAGCAUCAGCAUUACGGAUUGCAACCCACACUGCUUUUGUAGCUAAGGCUAUGCAGGCAGACAUUAGUCAGGCUGCACAAAUUCUUAGCUCAGAUCCUAGUUGUGCACACCAGGCACUCAACAUUCUGAGCAAAACAUAUGAUGCAGCCUCAUUUCUUUGUGAAGCUUCAUUUGAUGAAGUGAAGAUGGCUGCCUGUACCAUGGGCUAUUCUACUUCUGGUCGCCGCCAUCUUUGGUUAAAGGAUUGCAAAAUUAAUUCAGCUUCUAAGAACAAGCUGGCUAUUGCCCCCUUUAAAGGUGGAACAUUAUUUGGAGGAGAAGUACACAAAGUAAUUAAAAAGCGUGGCAAUAAACACUAAUAUGGUUAAGGACAAACAUAUCCAACUUUGAUUUAGAGAACUUAGAACUUUUGUAGACUCUUGUGCUAAAAUUAUCUUUUAAAGCUUUCUGGAUUCCAGAUUGAGAUAGUACUGUCAAAAUGUUAUACUUUUAUUCAUCCUCAAAUUGUAAUAUGUAAAAAUAAUUCCCUAUAUAGAAUUGCUUUUUAUUCUUAAGAUUUGCAGAGAGCAUUGUAAAAAACACUUUAAGCUUUAUAGAUCAUGUAUUUGUCUCACUGCUUCCCAUUUUAGUUAUACUCUUAAAACUCUUCAAAACUAAGAAAACUCCAGUAACGGGUAAAAGCCAAGUCUUUACUGUUUUAGCAGUAAUAACCUUGAUACCUAGAAUAGAAUUAAACACUGUUGCCCGUUCAGAACUAUCUUUUUUGGUAUUUUUGAGUCGCUUCACUUUCUAGCAUUUUUCACACUUUCCUUUUGCUUGUUUACUUAUGUCUGCAGCAUUGAUUGUAGUAUUCUAGAUCAGUGCAGCUCAAAAGUGUGGGUCCGUACCCUUUCUUAUACAUAGACAAGAUAUGCAUGAGACAGUUUGAGUUUGAGUAGCUAGGGCUGUAGCUCAGUAGUAAGAGCAUAUGCUUAGUGUAUAGGAGGCUCUGGGUUCAGUUCCCAGCACCAAAAGAAAUCCUUUUAAUAAAAUGAGAGAAAUUGAAUGUAGGGGUGCAUUAAGCCAAAGAUAGGUUUUAUUUUUUUCAGUAAACUCUUAUUGAUAAGAAAGUAGUAUUCAGUGUACCUUCUAGUACAGGUGUCUCAUCUCUUCAUGCCCUGGUAGCUGUCAGCUCAUGCAUGGCUCAUACCAGUCUGGACCACACAUUGAGGAACUCUGCUUCUGCCAUUCUGCAUGCUCACUCACCAUCACUAUUUUGUCAGAUAAAUGAAACACUAGAAAGACGGGACUUUUAGAAUAUAUAAUUUAUUUCAUGUAUGUUGUAUUUGCAGGUGAUUAUGGCUUAACAAUCUAGAGGCUAAAAUUUUUAGCACAUUCCUUUUUUUAAAAAAAAGUCCUGAAAAAUUAUACUCUAUUCCAGUAUCUGUAUAAAGCAAUGUGUAUAUUCUGUUUUCAUUUCUCCUAUUGUAAGGUAAGGGCGUUUUAACUAAAGGCAUUGUAGAAAGUAGCAUAACAAAAUAUGGUGCCAUGGAUACUCAACUAGCCAUUACCUUGUUCUUAGACUACACAUUCCAUCUUUGCAGUUUUCUGGAGUAAUUUUGUUAUCUGUUUUCUGGAAUGUACAUGUGUACAUGUGCCUAAGUUCUGUGUGACUUAAAAAAAUGUAUUCCUGUAGAAUGCUUCUGCAAAUUCAAUAAAAUUGGUUAAAUUUGAA